AUGUGGAAGUCUUUCUCUAGCUCUCAUACCGGCUAUGAUAAAAUGGAAAAGAAUUUAGAAUAUAAGUCUAUCAUGUGUCAUACGCCCGAGGUUUGCUCCCAGGGAGGGGAGAGUGAAGCUGUGGUCGAUAGAGACGUCGUCGUCUCUGGCACGCCCGGCGACAGCUCCUCUGCCAAAGAGCCGCGUAAACACAAACGCUUGUCGGGUGCUGCUCGCAAGAGGUUCCGCAGGCUUAUGGGCGACGGGGUAGCCAAAGAGCAAGCCCUGUCAAUGGCCCGUAAGCCUAGGGCGGACAUCCCUGUGGAGAAGCCGGCCACGGAGAAAGGCCCUGUAAAAAGGGUCCGCUCUGAGGACGAUUCUCCACAGGGAUCAGCGAAAAAGGCCCCGAAAAUCCGCGCUGAUACCUCAGGGGAGCUUCGGCAUCCUAGCUUCCGGGAGGUAGCGGGGUCCUCACGAGUAGGGAUCCGUAAUUCGGACCCUAUGAGUGAGGAUCAAAUGAAGUCGGUCCACCGGCACCUAAAUCUCGCCAUGGUUAAGCAAUGGGCGAAUGCGAAGGGCGGUGCACCGCAGUUUCUGGGCUUCAUUCACAAGACAGGCUGGAUACUUGUGACCUGUGUCAACCAGGUUAGCAGGGACUGGCUUGUGAAGGAAGUCCCGAACCUUAAGCCGUGGCCGGAGGCGAAACUCUCGGUCAUCCCUGAGGGUGAAUUGCCCAAACCAGCCACGGCUAUCACCUUCAUUCCGGAGUCCGAGGCGGCCUCUGUGGAGGAAGCCUUGGCGCUGUUCAGGGUCCAGAACUUUGGCCUGAACACAGAACUCUGGAAAGUUCUCGGGGAGAAGGCAGAGCAGGGUGGCAGGGUGGUCACUUUCGCUCUGGAUGAGCCUUCUGCCGAGACCCUUAAGGCCAAUGGUGGAGAAGUAGCCAUUGGCUUUAAGAAGGUGCUGUUCCGGCUAAAAGGGGGGCCAAAUGCUCCCCCAGCACAGCAGACGAAGCAGCAACCUCAGCCCCUCGCUGAACCUACUCCUGGGCCAAGUACCAUGGUACCUGACAGCCGAAAUCCUAUACCCCAGGGCUCCCGUGGCCGUGGGGGCGGGCAACCGGCAGCCAGAGGCACAAGGGGCGCGAUGAGGGGCAUGGUACCCGGACGGGCCAGACCCACAACCUCAGCAACAGGAGGACCUCAAGGGACUCCUAGUGCGAGAGGCAGGGGAGGGCCACAACGGGUCACCAAAAGGGCCAAAUAAAAGGCGUUGGCCCUAUGGCACCCGCGAGGGUCCUGCAAGCGAACAUCCAUCAUGCGGCAGCUGCCACGGCCAUUGUUGAAAGCCGGCUUGCAGGACACGUCGACCUCGCAUUACUUCAAGAACCUUGGGUGCGAAACUCAACCAUACUAGGACUGAACUCGGUUGGUAAAGUUUUAUACAAUACUAACGGAAUUAAGCCUAGGGCUUGCAUUGCUUUUGGCAAGAACAUUGACUUUCUACCUGUUCCAGAGUUAUGCACAGACGACCUGGUAGCAGCGUAUGUAAAUCUUAAGGGAUGGAGCGGGCAGAGGAUUAUACUUUGCUCGGCAUACCUCCCUGGAGACAGGAAUGACCCCUCUGCGGAACUCACAGCCGUGGCCGACUAUGCCCGCAGACACAACGCAGAAAUUCUGGUGGGAUGCGACGCUAACGCCCACCACACCAACUGGGGAAGCACUGACAUCAAUGAUAGGGGUGAGUUACUACAUGACUUUCUUCUAUUCAAUAACUUCCAAAUUCUAAACAUAGGAUGUACACCCACCUUUGUCACUAGGGUUAGGAAGGAGGUUUUAGACUUGACUUUUGCAUCCUCAAAUCUAGCCAGGCAUAUACAGAACUGGAGGGUAAGUGAUGUGGAAUCGCUGUCAGAUCAUAAGCACAUCUGUUUUAAUAUAUGUUUUUCUCUCAGUGUUCAAACGGUCACCUUCAGGGAUCCCCGGAGGACGGACUGGGAGGGCUACAGGAGCAGCCUAGAACGUAAUCUGGAAUCCGCAGCGAAGGUGAUAAAAACGAGGGAGAGUUUAGAACUUGCGGUAGAGGUGGUCUCAAAUGGCAUUGUAAGUGCCUUUGAAGAAAACUGUGCUCCCAAGGUCAAAUCAACUAAACCUGUCUUCUGAGUAAACCCAUACACGACAGCCAACAUGCUUACCGUAGGGGCAGAUCUACAGAGACUGCCUUGCUGGAGCUGGUUGACAGAGUGGAAAGGGCUUUGGAAGACAAGGAAAUAGCCCUAUCGGCCUUCUUAGAUAUUGAGGGCGCUUUUGAUAAUACACCCAUUCGGACACUGGUGGAAGGGCUUAGGGCCAAAGAGGUGGACUCCACCACUAUCCGCUGGGUGCAAAGCAUGCUCUCAAGCAGAAUGGUUAGGCUGGACUUGCUUAACACCACACUCGAAGUGGCCACUGUGAGAGGCUGCCCGCAGGGGGGUGUCUUAUCUCCCCUGCUCUGGACUCUUGCGGUGGAUGGACUUCUGCACAAGAUGGCGGAGCUCCGAAUCGACACACAGGGGUACGCUGACGACCUUGUUGUGACGGUGAGGGGCAACUGCCAAAGUACUUUAUCAGACCUUAUGCAGAGGGCUCUCAACACCAUAAAUACAUGGUGUGGAGAGAAUGAAUUGUCUA